AUGAUUUUCUCUCUUUUUAUUUUUCCAUAUUUACUGCAUAUAUUUCUUAUUUGCUCUAAUUUUGAUAUUAUCACGUCAGCAAUAAAAGAGCCAACAACAAGUACAAAAUCAGCAGCGUCUAUAAAAAUAAUAAGUACAAAAUCAACAACGACUAAAAAACCACUAGUGAAUGUAACAUCAUCAGCUGUUAAAAAAUCGAUACCGAAUGCAACAUCGUCAACGACUACAACAUCAUCAACAACUACAACAUUACCAAUAAUAAGCAUGACCUCAGAAAUGGUGCCGAAUAUACCAGUAGUCACUGAUGAAGUAAUAGAAACAAUCUCCGCACAAUUUGUGCCAACGAAUAAUACUAGAAACCAUAAAACAAAUUCAACAAAAACGCCACAAAAACAAAAAUCUCCAGUACCUAUUAUAUUGGGAUCCAUCUUUGGUAGUAUUGCUAUUGCUCUUAUUAUUGCAUGUUUAAUUACUUAUGCAUACAUCAAUCAAGGAAAGUUUAAAAUAUUCAAUCGAGGUCGAAUGCAAAGAAAAGCCAAUGAACAAACAAGAAUAAUUAAUUCAUCAUCAGCAAUUCGUAAUGGAAAUCCGUCUGAAAGAUAA